AUGACGGUUUCUUCAGCUGGCGUCGCUGGCCCCGGUCUCGCUGACGGCGGCGGCGCUUCUCCAGCCUCGCAGCAGAACGAAGUUUCGCCCUCGUCGAGCUCGCGGGCGCUGGCGGGCGCCUCGGCUUCUGCAUGCGCGCGAAAGCCUCCCGCGAGCGUCGUGGGGGCGUCAGGGACCGCCUCCGCUCUUCGACACAAAGGACAGAGCGUUGCUGGCGCAGGCGGGAAACCGACAGGAGCCUCGCCACUCUCCGAUGGAAAACGGGAGGGAAAGGGGAACGGUUUCGUGCCGUGCGUCGAAGUCCCGGAAUGUGUGCGCGAGGUGUGCCCGGAACUCUACAGAGAAUCCGCGGCUCUGGGCGAGUUGCAGCGUGAGAUGGACGAAUCCGUCGAGCAGUUGGUGACGAGUUUGCGAGACACCUGCUACCCCUGUCUGCAAACAAGUAGCCGCAUUGUUCUUCCAACACUUCUUUCGCGGCGCCGUCUCCGUGUCUUCAUCUACAACACGCACGAGAACCAACCGCCACCGUACUCCGCAUUCGACAUGCAUGCGCCGCAGCCUGACAGACUCGCUGCCGCGCUCUCUGCGGCGACGCUGGCGAAUGCGCAGUCCGCCGGCGGCGAAGUCGCAGGCGCCCCGGGCGAGCGCGUGGCGGCGCAUGCAGCGAGUGGCUUUCCGGGCGAAGAAGGGAAGAAAAACGCAUGCGUGGGCCCGGUCGAAACGUCCGACGUCCACACCCCGCCGCCCUCCUGGUGUCUGUACAUCAAAGCCGUUAGCAUGGAGAAACAAGACAAUGCGGGGAGCAACAGCGCCGGAGGUCCUGGCGCCAGUGUUUUCACCCCCCGAUUUUCCUCCUUCUUCUCGCGGGUGAUGAUUCUGACUCCCGAGGAGAGCGUCGUGUGGGACAGUCGAACGACGAGUUCUCUCGCAGCUUCGCUCUUUGAUGGGCUGUCCAUACAGCGCAAAGGCAGCCGGGAGAUGCCCCUGAAAAUUCUCUUCUUCAUCAACUACCGAACGCCCACAUUCCGGUUGAGCGACGCUCUGUCAACGCUGUGUGGCGGGAGGCAGCAGCUGUCUCUUUGCGGCAUUUUGCGCGCCGUCUGGGCCCACGUGAUGGCAAACAACUUGCUCGUGCCUGCGGAAGAGAAGGGUGAAAAGGCCAAGACAGAGAAAGACCCGAACCCCUCGAAAGCGGCUGCCGCCUCUGAGGGAAGUGCGACGAAGGCCGGAACAACCACCGUUGACCCCAGAGGCAUUCUCUACGCUCGCACAGACGCGGCGUUGCAAGCAGUUUUUGGAGCUCACGUCGAGCAGUUUUGCUUCGCUGACUUGCCGCGCCUGCUGCGGAGCCAGUUGCUGCCGCCGCGGCCCGUGUGCAUUUCGCAUCCGCUGAAACUUAGCGGGGACUGGAUCGACAACGAGCAGGCCUACGAUUUCACGCUCGAGUGUCUAGACACCGCAGGCGCGGGGUGGAGCGUCGGCGGGCCGGGCGCGCCGCAUGCGGGCUGUGGCAGCCUCUCUGCGCUCACCGCCACCUCCGCGCUCUGGUCGUGCGCCGUCGAGACGAUGCUUCAGAACAUGACGACGAGUUGCUGCGUCCUCGGCCUCGACCCUUGGCUGUCUAGCCAGCAUCAAGUGCUUCAGCAGCUGGCGACUCAGACGCAGCAUCUCCAGCUUGUCAGCGCGGCGAGUCAGGCGCCUGGGGCCGCGCAGGCGCCCGGUAGCGCCCAACGGCGAGGGAAAGGCGAACAGACGGAGGACGAGCAGCACUUGCUGCAAGACAUUCUUCGCAUGCAGCGGCAAAGCGACGACAUCGACGCGAAACUCAAGCAGGCGAUGGAAAAGCUCCAGCAACGCGUCAUGUACUUGAACCUCUACAAAGGCUUCGCGAAAGACCCGCUGGCGUUCCUGAACCAGCAGCUGUCGCCGACGCUGCCCGACAUCUCCGAGGCACUGCUGGACGAGGAUUUCGUCUACGACUACCACACUCGACAGCGCACAGCCGCGUAUUACACCUCGCCCUGGGUGCCGCGCGCCGUCCAGCGCUACCUGCAAAAGCGGAAUGUCCCCUACGAAGACCAAGUUUGCAAGGUGCUGUCUUCUUUCAACAUCCCGGAUCCGCGGAAAAGGCAACGCGAGAAUGCGGAAGGCGCCCCAGCGGCGCCAAGCAGCGGCGCCGGGUCUUCCGGUGCCGCGAGUCGCUCGGCGAAGCCUCGCGCGGGGACGAACCCAGCGACUGGAGGCGCGAGCAGCAGCCAGCGGCCUCGACCGGCGGGCGCGAGUCGCCAUGUGAAGAAGAAGGAGGAGGCGCCUGCGCCGACGCAGAACAGCGCCUCUCCUCUCGCGUUCAGUUCCGGCGCUUCGGCUCCGCAGACGAACUUCGCCCCCGGCGCGGCGGCUUCCGGAGGCGCCGCUGGCGCCUCAUUCGACGCCUCGCAGAUCCCCAACCCGGUCGGGCCGAGUGGAGUCGACCACCCGCCUCUCGGAGUCUCCGGCGAUCCCGGAGCGCCUGGCGGGUCUGGCUUCGCGCCCCACGGCGGGAUGAAGACGCCGGCGCCUGGAGCGCACUUCGGGCCCAGUCCCUCGUUCUCGCCCGUAGAUCCCUCUGUCGCAAUGAUGGGCGUCGCGGCUGGAGGCCCCCGGCCCGCGGGGCCGUACCAGGCAGUCGGGCGGAUGGAGCCUGGAAGGCGAUCGCCCAUGAUGGCCGCGCCGGGCGUUUACGCGCCGCCGGUUGGGAUGCCGAUGCACCAGAUGAUGGCGCCUCACGGGCUCAUGGCAGGUCAGGGGGGGAUGGGGACCUCUUGGCCCGCCGGGGCCCAGGCUCAGGGCUUGCCGGCGCACCUGGGGCCGGGGCAGUUCUGGAGCGGAGGCCCCGGCAUGCAUCCUGGAGCACCUGGAGCCGGGAUGAGGCAAGGCGGGCACAUGGGCUGA